AUGUACGAUCUACUCAUGGCAUCCGACGGAUUAAUAGGCCACGGUACAGGUCUUGUAAACGUUAAUGUUGAAUUCCGCCUGAUCGUAUUUCGGCCCUUUAAGAACGAAGUAAUUCUAGGAAAAAUUAGUAGUUCGAAUUUACAUGGAAUUCGAGUACGACUACCAUUCUUCGAUGAUAUCUUUGUACCAAGAGAAAAGCUUCCGAGUCCAUGUGAAUUUAAAUUCGACGAACAAAUCUACGUAUGGCAAGCCAGUCCGGACUUCCCCCUAUAUUUCGAUAAGCACGAAACAGUACGUUUAAGGAUUGAGCAGGAGAUCUGGACUGAUCAGACGCCUAUUGGACCCAAAGAUGAAGAAAACUCAAAAUCUGUUAGGUCUAGCCCCUAUGUUUUGCAUGGGAGCAUGCAGGAAGCAGGUCUAGGACCAUGCCUGUGGUGGGAUGACGCCGAAGAGGACGUUGCCGAAGAGUGA